AUGGAGGGGAUAACAAGUCGUCAGCCACCAAGCACCCAGGACUCCGUCCUACUACAGUCCAUCAGACAGCUACGGAGAGAGGGCAAUGUGGUGACUGUCAUAUGGACCCCAGUGUAUGACGAAAACAAGCUGAAGAAGAUCGCCAAAGUAAAAGCACAAAAGGCAACCGGUCCAGAGGCCCGACCACAAACGCAACGACCAGGGAUGAAGUCAACCAUGCUCAAUGGCGCACGGUCCAAAUGUGACACUACCAGAAAUCUGCUAGAAAAGGUCGGAAAAAUCCAAGAGAAUCGACACAGCGCUACCAGGCAAGCAUACAAGGCGGCUAUACGAGGGACUUUCAUGGAAUGA